AUGCCGGAAAUCAGAGCGCAAGCUCUCGGUAUGUCCUCUGAAUACACGCAAGAUAGUGAACAAGGAUUGAUCUCUUCCAGACAACGCCCGCGUCCUCUGGCCAAUCUUGGUUGUCGGCCAGAACCUCGCCGCUCGCUACCUGACCCAGAACGUCAGUGUCCCACCUAUGACAAUCAUCACGGUCGGUGAAGGUACUGCCAUUUCUGCACAAGUCGUCUACGCCGAGGGACAAUUCCCCAACAAAGUCGGCAAUUGGCUCUUCCUACGAGGACCCGAUUCUCCCUCCGCGGCAGAAGCGAUGCAGAAGCUCCUGGCGAUGACGCAGAGUAUGCUACAGGACGUUUAUACUAAAAGCGUGUUCGUCCAGGGCGGCUUACAGGUGAAGCAUCAUCCGGGUGGGGGCGCCUACUACGCGAGGCAGGAUUAG